CGAAUUCAAAUCAAACCAAUACAACCGACUCGCCCCCUCGAUCCUACGGUCCUACCCCAAGCCUCAACCAGUGCAGUGCAGCGCCUCGCUAUCGCCACCAGCCAUGUCGGCGAUUGGAUUGGUGCAGGGGUCGCGUGCCGGCAAGGAAGCUAAGCAGGAGCCAGAGUCGGAGCAGGAGGCAGAUUCGGAGCCUCAUCAGCGCAAGUGGGUGGCCCUCGUCUCCGUUCCCGUCCUCCUCGGCAACGCGGACGACGAUCGGGCCCAGGCGAUGGCCCUCGGCACCGACGUGCAGCUCGACCUCAAAGACCCGCCGCUACCCUCCUACCUGGUGCUGCACCCCCGCGUGUCCCCCAACCCCAGGAGUAACGAAGAGCCGCUGUCCGCCUACAUCCUCGCCGCCGACCGCUCCGGCUACAUCCUCCUCCAGGUCGUCGAAGGGAACCGCCCGGACUUCUUCCUCUGCGAUACGCACAGUCGUACCGUCACCAUCAUCCCCCCGGUGUGCUCCUAUCUUCGGACUGGACUGGACAUCGACAUCCGCCCCAACCUCAGCAUCGGCCUCAUCGCCGACCCGCUCCAAGGCCACUACGUGGUGGCCCAGCUCCAUCCCGCAACCUUGCACCGCUACAGGCUCCUCUGCUACUCCACCGCCAAACGUGAGUGGAAUGUCAGGUACCUCACCCGCCAAGAGGACCACCUGAUGAUCAACACCUCGAUCGACAACGCCGUGCUCGCCCACAACGGCUGCCUCUGGUGGAUCGCCCUCGGCUACGGCAUAUUCUUCUGCGACCCCGUCACGCCCGUCCUCGAGCUCGCCGAGCUCCGCUUCCUCCCUUUUCCGGCCGGCUGCCAGAUGAACGCCUACGCGUCCUUAUGCCCGAAGCACCUCAAGCAGCGACGCUGCGUCAGGCCCAGCGAGGGCAAGCUGCGAUUCGUCGAGAUCCGCGGCUUCUACUGCAACGUCGAUUGGUCGAUUCGCUACGACGACGUGCUCUUCGAACCCACCGUCCGGAUGUGGACGCUCGAAGACCCGGAGCGCCCGGACCCCUGGACAUUAGAGUACGAGGUGCCCUUGGCAGAUAUCUGGAACAACGAGACCUAUGCCAACGCCCGCCUGCCUCCGGGCGAGGUGCCCCAGGUCGCCCUCGUCGACCCCAACAAUCACUGUGUCGUCUACUUCUUCCAGGGCUCGAAGCUCUUCGGCUUCGACAUGCAAAACAAGCAGGUCAUCGCCUGCAAGAAAUGCCUAAUAGACCGUAAUAAAGUCAUCAUGUUCCAAUCGUCCCGCCCCAUCGUCGAUGCCUGGGAGCUGUCAUCACCACCACCAUUUAUGCUCUCGGAAGACGACGGCGACCUUUCAUCAGAAGAUAUUGUUUUUCCGAGAGGAAAGAAGCGCCGGGUGUGCAAGUUUGUUCACUCUUGGACCAGUAGUAGACCAGUAGUGGGGAGGACAUGGAAGAUAGCAUCACCACCACCCGAUGCAUCAUCUCAUACCUCGGGUGACCAAGCUGAUGAUGCACCCUCUUCUCCCAAGGGCGCUGAGUAGAGUAGAGCCUGCAGCUCUGCGUCACAUGUCAGCAUGUCUUGCGUUUCAGAUACAAUAUACACAGCUUGUGUCAUGGACACGCCAUCCAUUCACAUGCAUGCCUACUGAGCUAUGAGAACCUACAAUGCAUCUUAAGUCAAUCUGCUAAUACAAAUGGAAAUCAAUUUUGUAGUGCCAUUAACAUAAAGUUCCAGAUUGCGAAAUUUC